ACCGGAGCCGCAGUCUCUUUGGAAACUUCUGCCGGGGGUUUUAAAAGAGCCAAGAAAGAGCUGCAAAGCUGUUUGGGCUUUUUUUCCCCCUUUUUGUUCCUUUUUCGUUAUCCCCUUCCUCAGCCUGCACCCUUCUCCGGACUUGACGCAGAACCUGCGGGUUUCGAAGAGGUGGUGACAGAGCAGGUGUUGGGGGUCCAGGUUUGGUGAGGUCUGGGUUUUUGCCUUUUUUUUUUUUCUCCCUUGAUUUCAACAUUUUCCCGAUCUUCUUGGCAGCCGCCGUCGCCUCUUACCUGUUCUGCGGCAGCGGCGCAGCUGGCAGAUGAGGCUGAGAGGAGUUGGGGGUGCAUUUUAGAAUUUUAAGCAAAAGAAAAAAAUUAAGCCAAAUCCAUUUUUUUCACCUUCUCCCUUUUCUCAUUAUUUCUGUUGCUUUGGGGUGCCACCCCCCAAUUCUGACCCGAUCCCGCUUAGGGGUCUACGCUCUCUCUGCGUGCACCUGGCGCGCCUCUUUUUUUUUUUAACCCCCAACCUGUUGCAAGUCUUUAAUCCUUGCAAUUGGAACUUGCGUGCAAGAAUCCUCCUUGUCUCAUAUUUUGCAAGUGUUUGGGGGAGAGCACCUGCUCUACCUGCAAGAGAUUUAAAAAAAAAAAAUCUCCAGGCUCCCUCUCGGCCCCUUUCUCCACACACUCUCGCUCUCCUGCCCCGCCCCGAGGUAAAGCCAGACUCCGAGAAAAUGGUGAUCAGCGUGGUCCUCCUGCUGCUGGCCGCCUAUGCCAUGCCGGCUCAAGGCCUGGGCUCUUUCGUGCACUGUGAACCCUGCGACGAGAAAGCUCUGUCCAUGUGUCCCCCCAGCCCUCUGGGCUGUGAGCUGGUCAAAGAGCCCGGCUGUGGCUGCUGCAUGACUUGCGCCCUGGCGGAGGGACAGUCGUGUGGCGUCUACACGGAGCGCUGCGCCCAGGGUUUGCGCUGCCUCCCCCGGCAGGAUGAGGAGAAACCGCUGCACGCCCUGCUGCACGGCCGCGGGGUUUGCCUCAACGAAAAGAGCUACGGAGAGCAAACCAAGAUAGAGAGAGACUCUCGGGAACAUGAGGAGCCCACCACCUCCGAGAUGGCUGAAGAGACCUACUCCCCCAAGGUCUUCCGGCCCAAGCACACUCGCAUUUCCGAGCUGAAGGCUGAGGCUGUGAAGAAGGACCGCAGAAAGAAGCUGACCCAGUCUAAGUUUGUGGGGGGCGCAGAGAACACUGCCCACCCCCGAGUCAUCCCUGCGCCCGAGAUGAGACAGGAAUCUGAACAAGGCCCCUGCCGCAGACACAUGGAAGCUUCCCUCCAGGAGUUCAAAGCCAGCCCACGCAUGGUGCCCCGUGCCGUGUACCUGCCCAACUGUGACCGCAAAGGAUUCUACAAGAGAAAGCAGUGCAAGCCUUCUCGUGGCCGCAAACGUGGCAUCUGCUGGUGUGUGGACAAGUACGGGAUGAAGCUGCCGGGCAUGGAGUAUAUCGACGGCGACUUCCAGUGCCACGCCUUCGACAGCAGUAACGUUGAGUGACGAGUCCCCUCUCUUCCUCCCCCUUUCCUACCCCCCCAGCCCCAACUCCAGCCAGCGCCUCCCUCCACCCCAGGACGUCACCCAUCUCAUCUCAUUUAGGGGAAAUAUAUAUACAUAUAUAUUUGAGGAAACUGAGGACCUCGGAAUCUCUAGCAAGGGCUAAGGAGACACUCCCCACACCCUGACCCCGGAAAUGUAUUCCUGUUUGAAGCAAGUUGAACGGACAGAGAAGGGAAGAAGAGAAGGAGUAAGAGGGAGUGAGAGAUGGAAAGAAAGCAUUGGAGUGGAGAAGAGGGUUAGACAGAGAAGAGAGAAACAGCAGAAAGCGAGCCCAACCAGGGCUGGAUCUGCCUGUGCUUUUGAUGGGGUCUAGCCUGGGGUCAGAGAAAGGUUGGGGCACUCAGAAGUGUGGCAGUCAGUGACACCCAGUUUAGAUUGGUCAAGGGGAGGAAAGAAACAAGACAUGCCUCUCCAGUCUGUCGCUUCCUGCGGCCAGCAGUGUGAAGGGCUAGACCCCCUCACCCUCCUCUCCUCUUACCCAAGUACAGGGUGGUUUCAUCCCCAAAUUUAUGAAAACUAAAAUGCAUUCCAUCCAACCCUCUGAAAACAGUGAUUGCAGAAAGCUUCCCCCCCCCCCCCCGAGCAGAUGAGUGAACUCAGAAUGUGUACAAAUUUUACUCUUGUUGGAGAUUUUUUUUUAAAGAAAUCAAUACACACCCCAACACUGGAAAGACUUGAUUUUCCAGGGUGACAAGCAUUCAGAAGCAAGUGGCUUUGGCCCUUGAUUUCACCAGACUCAAAGCUGGCCCAGCAGCCUCUGUGGAGGAGGACAGGCGGAGCAAGCGAUGGGCUUGUACCCACCUGUAAGGCUCCAUGUAGACUUAUAUAGGCAUAUAAAUCUAUUUUCUUUACUCCCCCCCCUUCCCUUUCUUUCAAAGUUUUGCAUUACCUCUUUGAAGUAGUUUUUUUAGGGCACUGAAGAUCUUCCUCAUUCUGGGAAAAUGCAUAUUUCACUAAUACAGCCCAGAAGGCCAGCUUGGCCCGCUUCUGGGCAGCCUUUCUUGUGAGCUACGUACAAAUGUGGCUCCUUUGUGGGGGCACCGAUUAGGAUUUUCUCAUGAUUCCCUGCAUGUGUCGGAAUGUAUCCACCAAGCCAGGUAGCUGCCAGCCCUCCAUCCCUCGGAAAAUAGCUCUCUCACACCGCACCACAUAAUAACCCCACCAGAUCCAUCUGCCACCCACUGGCCUGCCCAGGCCUUUUUUUUUUUUUUAAUCUGCAUUUUUUUUUUGAACUGCAUUUUUGAAAGCCUCCCUCAGAUGCCAGGCUGACAGAUCAGAGAGAAACUAACAUGAGAGGUGACAGAGGAGGAAGAGGUGGAGGGUAAGGGGAGAGCCUACCACAGAGAGACAUAGAAGAUAGAGCAGAGAUAAGGCCUGGGAUGGGGGGUGAUAAGAAAGAGACAGAAAGAGGGAAAUACCAAUAGAAUUUUCUUUGGUGUCUCCCAGCUAAUCAACUCUCUGGGAUUUGAGAGAAAAAAAAUGGCCGGGGCAGAGCGGGGGAAACUUGAAGUAGAAAUGAGCUCAGUUCAAGUCACAGGGCCUAGAUGGUGGGUAACUGAGGCAGGAUCCAGACUCCAGACUCACGGUUGGAAACAGGGCUCGAUAGCCUGACUGGGUAUUGAAGGGUGAAGAGGAUACCUAUGAAAGACGGCACAGCUUCAGUACAACUCAGCCCCUAAGGAGGGACUGAGGCCAAAGAAUCAAGAGCUUCAUCCAUCAACUCUGCCCAACUCAAACAUCCUCCCUGAGAUGGAGAUGGUAGAAAGCCCCGAACAACUCAGGCCUGGAUCUUCAUGGCUGGCAUCCUCUGCCAGCCUGAUUUUUUUUGAUCCAAGAGAAAAAAAAAUCUCAUUGCCCACUGGCUUCUUCAACAAAGGGGUGUUUGACCGAGGGCUUAGGACUGUCUUUGACGACUGAAGAUAACCUGCCAGGAGAGGGGACUCGGACGCUGGUACAGGAGGCCCCUUUUUGCUGUGGACAUGGCUCCUUGCUCUUUCUUGACGGCGUGGGCAUUGUGGAGGUCGGAAAAGGGACAGCAAAGAAACAAACCUAUGUGGACUCAUAGGACACGAUGGCUACGGUGACAGGAGAUAGAUGUCUCCUAUUGCCUGGACAGGACAGUUGGCUGGGAAUAAAAGAGGCAGUUGAUCUUCAUAAGACAAAGGGCCUGAUGGGGAUGGCAAGAUAAGAACUUUCCAGACCUGCAGGGUCAGUAUACCCAUCACCCCACACAGCACCCCAGCCCCAUCUCGCACUUCAGUACACCUUAGGCCAGUAUCCUAAACCUAAAUCUCUCCUUUCUGCCGUUAUUUCUCUGCCUCUUGAGCAGUCAUCUGACUGGGAUUUGCCGAGUGGAUACUGGGGUACCGUUGCCCCCAAGAAAAGACUGAGCCAGGAACUGCCUACUCCCUACCCCUCCCGAGCCUGGAGUUAUUAACUCCUGUGAGGGGAGUUCUCUUCACCCCACAACGUGCUGGACCUCAGACGAGCCUCUGCCCCUGACGUGGGCGCUUUGUCGUGAGCCACGCAGAUGGAGGACGUUGUAUAGAUGCUUAGCCUUCCCAAGGUCAGCCUACCUCCCCCAAACUUGUGAGUCUCCCCGCUGCUCAUACGGAGAGGCGUGUCUGAGACAGCAAGUCUCUUCCUAGAGAAAGCUUGCCUUUAACAGACAGACGGAAUUAAACCUUCCAACCAGGGAGGGGGAGGGGGUUCCUGGCUGAACCCAGGAUCCAGAGACCAUGGGAAUGGGGUCAUCAAGAGAAGACGGGAUGCCUUUCUUGAUGUGAUGGCGAGAGAAGGCAGGCUUGCAAUGGUCCCAUCACGCCCUGAGCAAGAAGCUUUUAGCUCCAGGCUAGCUAGCCCUUAGCUGCAUUAGAGGCCUCUACGUCGGGUUCAUCCACAGCCAUAGGUCUAAGUGUGGCCUGUCCCCGCCUCCACUUCCAUGGGAGCAUGGAAGGACUUGUCCCACCCCUUUUUGACAACUGCCUCACUCAAGCAGUGGAAAAGAUAGCUCUCUUCCCCAUCUACUGCCAGGUAGCAAAGAGGCCUAACCAGGACCUAUUCUCUGCCCCAGCCAGUCUUGACCAGCCAGAACAAAGCGGGGGACCUGGAGAAUGAAAGACUCUAUGUUCCUCUGACGACCAGGCCUGAACAGACAAGGCUUGGGAACACCUGCCCCACAGGACACUGAGGAGGCCGUCAGUGCCCACUCCUCUUCUCCUUCCGACCAUGAGGUAUCUCCAUGGUAACAUCCUCACCAUCCUUCUCCCACCACCAAGGGUUGCCAUGGCAACCUCCAAACCACCUGCCCAGGCCAGGCAGGGCAGCAGUCCUUCAGCUCAGAACCCUAGAAGACUCUAGUGAAAAAUUACAGCUUAAGAGAGGAGUGGGUCAAGGAGAAGAGACCCUGUAGGCCUCUGGCUUUCCAGAGAAAGGAGGCUACAAUUUAAAACACAGUAGAAGGGAAAGAGGUUUCACCAGCCUCUACCAAGGAGCCUAGGGGUUGUACUGUCUUUAUUUUUAAACCACUAAAGUGCAAUGUUUCCUGCACUCUUGUCCCCCCACCUCUCUUCCCUGUCAGGUUUUCAUUUCUUUGAGCAGACUUUCUUGGUUUUUUUUUUUUUUUUUAAUCGGAGUAUAGACUUUGACCACUUCACAGACUCUGGCCUCCUCUUUAAGUCUUUCUGGAUGGGGAAAAGGAAGGUAGAGGGUCAGAGGGGAAGGGGUCCCACGUCACCCCACAUCUAUUCACCCCACUUCUCUGGCCCCUAAUCACCAGCCUCAGCCCCGUCUCUGACACCAUCACUCUAUCACAGUCACACAGAUAGCACAGUUCAGACAAGACUCCUUCAGAUUCCGAGACGCCUACCGGUUGUUUUUGGGUUUUAUUUUGUUUUCAUUUUGUUUGUUUGUUUUUACAACAGCAAUAACCACAGCACAUAUUACUGUAGCUCUUUGUAGUGUUACAUUCAGACACCAUAGAUCUGGUCUCUCUUCUUUUUUGUUUUCAACUUAAAAAUAAAUGCUUAUACUUUUACUGGUGAAACGGAUUGAAAAAAAUUGAACAACAAACCAGUUUGUGAAAAAAGCAAAACAUGGGAAAAAAAUAUCACCCCAAUGUGGAAGAGCUCAGCUCCUCUUUAGCAUUUUGUACUUAAGGAAAUAAAAAAGAAAAACCUGGAAGAUCUCACAUUUUAUUACGAA